AUGCAGAUCAAGAACCUCUCUCUCCUGGCUCUGGCCGGCACGGCCUUUGCCCAGCAGUCGAACCUCACCGAGGUCCUUACCUCUCAGAACUCGACUCUGUCGACGCUCAUUGGGCUCCUUGGCCAACAGCCUGCCAUCCUGCAGGGUCUCGCUCAGGCCCAGAACAUCACCAUCCUCGCUCCGUCCAACGCUGCUCUCGAGGAGUUCCUCAAGGCUCCCGCUGUUAUGCAGGCUGUUGCCGCAGACCCGGGCUUGGUCGCGGCUAUCCUCAGCUACCACGUCCUGAACGGCACGUACUACGCCUCUGCCUUCACCGAGCAGCCACAGUUCAUCCCUACCCUGCUCCAGAACGAGACUUACACCAACAUCACCGGCGGCCAGCGCGUGCAGGCCCAGACUGUCGGCGGCAACGUCACCUUCUUCACUGCCCUUCGUGAGAACUCCACCGUCUCGCAAGGCAACCUGAACUUCACCGCCGGCACCGUCCACAUCAUCGACAAGGUCCUCUCCGUCCCGGGAUCCAUCAACACCACUCUGCAGCAGGCCAACUUGACCGCUGCCGUCGGUGCCAUCCGCGCCGCGAACGUCACAAGCACCCUUGCUGCCGCCAAGGACCUCACUAUCUUCGUCCCGAACAACGCGGCCUUCGCUGCUAUUGGAAGCUUGGCCGGCAGCAUUGCCUCCGCUGAGCUUGCCCAGAUCCUGUCGUACCACGUCGUCGGCUCGGUCCUGUACAGCCCCCAGAUCACCAACACUUCUCUGACUACCCUCGGCGGCGGUAACGUUACUGUCAGGGUCAUCAACGAGACUGUCUACGUCAACGAGGCCAAGGUCGUCGUCCCUAACAUCCUGGUUGAGAACGGUGUUGUCCAUGUCAUUGACGGUGUCUUGAACCCCAACAACACCUCUGUCCAGCCCGAUACCUCUGCUUCGACUCGUGCCCCUGCCUACUCUGGCGCUAGCACCGCCACUGACGGAAGCAACCCCUUUACUAGCGGCGUUGAGGCUCCCUCCACCACCCCACCUGUUGCCACCGAAACUGGCGCUGGCAACGGCGGCGGCGCUGUCCAGACCACCACCAGCAGCACCCAGGCCGCGCCCAUGAGGACCGCCGCUGUUGGCGCUGCUGCGCUGUUCGGUGGUAUGGCCGCAUACAUGAACAUCUAA